CGUGCCUCAUAGACUCCGACCUCUUGGUGGACCCGUGAAUUUGGAUUCAGCUUUUUCUGUUCCUUCUUUGGCUUUACGUCCUUUGUACCCACAUAAUCAUCACCAUGGUAGAGACAGGUCUUCCAGCCGGAUGGGAGGUCCGCCACUCCAACUCCAAGAACCUCCCUUACUACUUCAACCCUUCGAUUAAGGAGUCCCGCUGGGAACCGCCAGCUGGCACGGACACCGAAACCCUCAAGGUCUACAUGGCCAACUACCACAGCGGACCGGCAGAUCGGCCUAACGGUGUAAGCCAGGGUGAAGGAAAGAUUCGCUGCAGCCAUCUCCUCGUGAAGCACAGAGACAGCCGGCGCCCUAGCAGCUGGCGGGAGGCGGAGAUCACCCGGUCCAAGGAGGAGGCCAUCGAGAUCCUCCGCGGCCAUGAGGAGCGCAUCCAGUCGGGUGAAACCACCCUCGGAGAUAUUGCGAUGUCGGAAUCGGAUUGCAGCAGUGCUCGGAAGAGAGGUGAUCUGGGCUUUUUUGGACGCGGCGAAAUGCAGAAGGAAUUCGAAGACGCGGCUUUCGCGUUACAACCGGGCCAGGUCAGCGGUGUCGUGGAGACGGCUUCUGGCGCGCAUCUUAUUGAACGCGUCCAGUAAAUUUACCGGAUAUUAUACAUAUUAAACAUGAGUUAGAAACUUGGAGGAACCUUUGUCGUUACUCUGUCUGGUUAUUAUUUUGCUAGAAGCAGUCGAUGAUAUCUAAAGGGGUGCCCAGCUCCAACCAUUAUUACACAUCUUCCUCUUACAAGUCACCUAGC